AUGUCUGAUCAUCGCUCCAGAAGGUCAAAAAUCCGUUGCUUGUUCCGCCGUGACGGUAAAGACAAGGGAGGAGCCAAACAACCCGACAUCCUCGCAAUCCACGGUUCCCGUGCGGGCCGUUCCAGCGUUGAUAACCAACUAUCGACGGCACCUGAAGGCAAUAAUGAGACUGUUUCAGCGUCCCCUGCCCAGCCAAUACCCGAACCUGUUUCUCAGGUCCAAGUGUCGCAGGAGCCUCCGGACAAGCAAGCACACGAACAAUCGAGUCAGCGGAAGCCAUAUGCCGAGAACUAUGACAUGUGGAAGGAAGCUCUCAAUUCCUUGGGAGAGGAGGAAAGAUACAAUGUGAAUACUUUGCUGAAAGAUUGGGACCACGACAGUCCCAAAAGGAAACAUUUGGUAGAGGAGAUCCAAAAGAGAAUGGAUGAGGCAUUGAAUAGUAAGCAUCAUGACAGAACGACGUCUAUUGGCAAAUUGUUGUCGGUAUUGAACAAUUUCCUUUCCGCCGGAGAUGUUGCUGUCAGCUUUGACCCAACUCAUGCUGCCCUGCCAUGGGCCGCUGUUCGGUGUGUUAUUGUGAUGGUUACCGCACACAAUGAGCUGAAAGGGGUCAUCCUCACUGCAAUGGCCGAGGUCACUUCGCUCCUCGUACGAUGUGACAUGUACCAGCUAUUAUACAUGGCCCCAGAUCCCGCUCUCCGCCUGCUCGAUGACUUUUUGACCAGACUGAGAGCAUGCAUUGUUCAAACGUAUGCUGCAGUGCAGUCAUUCUUUGCUUUCGUGAAUGACCAGCAGAGGAGUCUCAAGAUUGUCGAUGUUUUCAAGCUCGAAGAUGCGCGAGCUCAUAUGGACAAGCUCUCUGGAACUCAAAAGCAGUUACUUCAAGCUGCAGACGACUGUGAGAAAUCUUCUAAUCGGUCAAAUCGAUCUGAUCUGAAGGAGCUUCUUGACCUCUCAUCAGAAAUCCCGAUUAUUCGGCAGCAAGUGGAUCUGGUUUUAGAACGAAUCGACGCCAGGGAAGAGCGCGAGCUUCUAGAAUGGAUCUCGCCUAUACCGUAUGGAACGCAUCAUCGUGUUAGAGUAGAAUCUCGCACUCCUGACACGUGUGAGUGGUUACUCCAGAACAAGGAAUUUUGUGAAUGGAUGGACUACGGGUCAUCGGCAAUCCUGUGGCUCCGAGGCUCAAUGGGGGCCGGGAAAACAUACCUCACCUCGAAAGUUAUCGACCAUGUUCAGGGUCUGCUUGAAAGCUCAUCAGACCAUGCGGGCUUUGCGUUCUUCUACUGCAAUCGAAAUGAAGAGAAUCGAAGAGAUCCCCUCUGCAUCCUCCAAAGCUAUGUUCGCCAACUUUCAACCGCUGUUGGAAAUACUCAACAUAUACGGAAAAGGCUCAAGAGCGUCACCGAUCGAACAAGACGCCAAGGAUCUCACUUGGGUUUCGAGGAUUGCAAAAUCCAACUGGCAGACUCAGUAAAUGAGUAUUCUGAGACUGUCAUCGUUCUCGAUGCCCUGGAUGAAUGUAAUCAAGACUCGCGCUGGCAGCUCAUCCAUGUGAUAAAGGACUUGGUAUCCAACUCCGAUCGCCCACUCAAGGUCUUCAUCUCAAGUCGGCCAUACGACGACGAUAUAAAAACGCAGAUCUCUGGGAGGAAUAUAGAGAUUGAGGCAAUCGACAAUCAAGGUGACAUCGAGAAAUUUGUCAAUGCCGAAAUGGAAAAGCCCAGGAGAUGGGGCCCGAUACCCGCAGACCUGCGGAGCAAGAUCGUCCAGGUCCUCUGUGAAGACAGCCAGGGAAUGUUUCAGUGGGCAUACCUACAGAUCAAACAGGUGCUUGCAUUGUCGACCAGAGCAGAUAUCGAGAUCAAGCUUGGCAAACUUCCCAAAACGCUCGAAGAGGCAUACAGGGAGAUAUACGGGGAAAUUGCGAAAUCUCCACGUAGAAAAGCCCUCGUGGACAGCGCGUGCAAAUGGGUGAUGAGUGCCUUCACACCUCUCAGCAGCGAUCAGCUUUUGUCCGCAAUUCACAUUGAUGUUGAUGGGCAUCCCGUCAGCUCUGAUGACCAGCUCAACGACCUCGACAACAGGCGACGGCGCAGCCCGGAGUCGAGUUUUUUUGGCAUGGCCAGCAAGCAGGAUAUCUCUCCAGAGGAUGUCACAAUUUUCGUUAUGUGUCGCUUUUCGCUCUACAUCCUCUUACAGGACUGGUGGGACAACGCAGAGAUCAUGGUCUCACAAACGAAUGAUUGUGGAGACACCACCUUGCAGCUCGCUGCCCAAGCAGGUUGUAAACCUAUAUGUGAGGCUCUCAUGAAGCGAGUGACUGCAACCCACUCCGUGUUGCCGGGAGAUUUCUACGGCAGAGCUCUUGCUGCUGCUGCUGGCCGAGGAUAUCAAGAGAUUGUCAAGAUCCUGGUUCAGAAUGGGGCCGACGUGAACAUCCCGUUGCCAAGUGGCUGUUAUGGUAGUGCCCUCGCUGCUGCUGCUGCUUAUGGGAAAAACAUGGAGAUUUUCAAAAUCCUUAUUGAGAAAGGGGCUGAUGUAAGCCUCCCUUUGUCGAGUGGGGACUAUGGGAGUGCCCUUGCUGCUGCUGGCUAUGGAGGAAAUAUGGAGAUUGUCAUGAUUAUCAUCAACAAUGGAGCCGACGUGAACCUCCUUUUGUCGAGCGGGAGAUAUGGGAGUGCUCUUGCUGCUGCUGCUUCUAGCGGAAAUUCGGAGAUUAUCAAGACUCUUAUUGAGAAUGGAGCCGACGUGAACCUCCUUUUAUCCAGUGGGGACUAUGGGAGUGCUCUUGCUGCUGCUGCUUUUAACAGAAAUUUGGAGAUUGUCAAGAUUCUUAUUGAGAAUAGGGCCGAUGUGAACCUCCUUUUGUCGAGCGGGAAAUAUGGAAGUGCUCUUGCUGCUGCUGCUGCUUCCGAUGCUUCUUUCUCUUUCACAAAAGAUCCAGAAACUGUUAAUAUUCUUAUUGCGAAUGGGGCUGACGUGAACCUCAAGUUGUUGGUUGGGGAGUAUGGGAGUGCCCUUGCUGCUGCCGCUGCCAAUUUUGCUGUUUUCGCAGGACAUACAAAAGUUCUUGAAGUCCUUAUUGCAAACGGGGCUGACGUGAACCUCAAGUUGUUGGUUGGGAAUUAUGGGAGUGCCCUUGCUGCUGCUGCUUUUCAUGCUGCUUUCGCAGGACAUAUAGAGUCUUUCACAGGACAAACAAAGUUUGUUGAAUUCCUUAUUGAGAAUGGGGCUGAUGUGAAUCUCCUGCUGUCAAGUGGGAUGUAUGGGAGUGCCCUUGCUACUGUUGCUUUUGUUGGUGUUCUAAGAGGAGAAACAAAGACCCUUAAGAUUCUUAUCGAGAAUGGGGCUGACGUGAACCUCCUUCUGUCGAGUGGGGAUUUUGGGAGUGCCCUUGCUGCUGCUGCUGCUGCUUCUGCUAUGUCUACAAAAGAUUCAGAGAUCAUUAAGAUACUUAUUGAGAAUGGGGCUGACGUGAACCUCAAAUUGUUGGUUGGGGCGUAUGGGGGGAGUGCCCUUGCUGCUGCUGCUUCUAUUGCUACUCCUUUCACAAGAGGUACAGAAACUAUCAAGAUCCUUAUUGAGAAUGGGGCCGAUGUGAAUCUCACUUUGUCCAGUGGGGACAAAGGGAGUGCCCUCGUUGCUGCUAUUGAUGAAGGAUUUCCGGAGAUUGUCAAGUUUCUUAUUGAGAAUGGAGCCGACGUAAACCUCACGUUGCCGGAUGGGAAUUACAGGAGUGCCCUCGCUGCUGCUAAUUCUAGAGGCUACGAAGAUAUUGAAAACAUACUUGUUGAUAAUGGGGCUACUACGAAUCUCGUUUUGUUCAAUUGA